GAGGCCACGAUCACCAAAGGCCUCUCAGGUCUCCUCCUCCUGGAUAAGCCAACCCCAUUGCCCCCUAUUUUCCCCAAGGCAGAAGAAGGGGGGUCUUCUGCCUGUGGUCCUCCGGGGGUAGAGCCAAGCCCAUGGUCACCCAAUUCAGACAUCAAACCACCCCAACAGCCAAGCUAUGCAGCAGCCCCUCGGGAGUCUCUAAGAGUUUCCAGCAGCAGCCUGGCCAGCUCCCACAGCAAGCAGAACCUGGCUCAUGGCAUGCGCUAUCCCAAGCCGAAAGACCAAAGUAACACCAGCCUGGGGAGCAGCGGGUAUGCAGGGGAUGAGGAAAACAGCAACAUCAGCCUGGUGGGCAGCCAGAGAAUCCCGAGGUUGACCAGAAGGCUCAACACCCAAGUGGGCAGUGCUCGGAGAAGCUAUUUGACAACUGUGUAUUCUCCCAGACCACUGAAGAGCUCCCUUCACAAGCAAAGCCAAAGCAGAGGCCCUGGCACCCAGCAGACUGGAGGAGAAGCGUGAAACCAGCUUGCCGGGCAGCGGUAGCAGCAGCCUGAGCAGCUUUAGCUUCGUCAGCCCAGGCAGCAGCUUCCUGACUUACCAGGUGAGCAGCAGCGGGCUGCCCAGUGUCUCAAGCAGCCAGGCCUCCGAUCAGACCAGCAACAGCCAGAGCCUCUCCUUGAGCAGCCAGGGGCAAAGCGCACCGAGCAGCAACACUAACCUCCAAGAGGACAAGAUCGAGGGCAAUUUGAGAAUCAGCAGUGAGGUGCCCCAGCACAAGCAGCCUGCCAGAUGCAUGUGCCUUUGUAAGACUCCAGCCUCAAUUCCCUCUCACUGCUACAGAUAUGAGGGCCCUCAGAUCCAAACUGCCCUCAGAGAGGCUGCCAACACAAGUAGAAAAGACCUUUAAAAAUUGUGCGCUGUGUCGAAGCCUUCAAGGGAGAGUCCACAGCAGCCAUCAGUGGGCGGGCCAGGUGCAGCAGGACAAUAACAAUACUGAGCACCAUCUAUGCUGCAGGCCAUUGGUGAAUGGCGAGGCCACCUCUCCCAAGAAGUACUGUCAGUUGUGAGAGCUGUGGCAAGAUCGAUCUAUGCGGGGACCACUGGUGUCGAGACCACCAGCAGUGACAACAUCCUGUGCUAUGAGCCUCAGUGACAAAGCCACCCACAUCCGUAAUGACCAUCACAGUGGCAGGUUGUGCCAAUUUCAGUUGUGCCUAUUUCAAGCUGCACUAACAAAAACAAGAAGGCAGAACCUUCUGCAGUGAAAAUCCUUGACAACUAACAUCAACCAUGAUGAACUCAGAAGUAAUGAGUACCAAUCCUUGCAAGUGUCCAUGUCUAGUACCAUCUGGAAGGAGCACCCUGCAUGGUGGGCUAUGUCCUUGGAGAACUCAGUGCUUCCCAGCUCUGUACCACACGCUGUGCACAGCGAACACAACUCACAGAACACCCCCCAUGGUUCCCAGCAUAUCCCAGCAGCACAGCCCACAGGGACCAUCCCUGGGAUCAGCAGUGAAUGCCACCAGCCCAGAAACAGCAGCGUCUACAGAAUGCUGUGGACUGUAUCAAGGGACCCCAUCCCUGAGGAGUAUCAAUUAUGGAAGCCUUCACUUCCUUUCUGAGCACUGUUCUGGACAGUGUCAGCCGAGAAUCCUCCCUAAGAAUGAAGGCUCCCUGACACCACAUUCAUGUCUCUGUGGAUCUCAGAGAGGCACUGAGAGGCAUAUGGGGACAGGAGGAGGAGCCAGGAACUGUCCUUCGUUCACAUGGUUGGAACUGUGCUUCCUGUUGCAGACAAUGCCACAAUAGAUGCUUAGUGGUGACAGAGAUCAGGCCAGUCAAGACUGGUGAGGCAGAUGCUCUGGGCCACUGAGUGAAUGUCUCCUAAGUGGGUGGUGGACAGGUUGAAGUCUCAGCCCUGCCCCUGCUCAGGACCAAAAGCCCCUCCCUGAGCUGACCUCACAGAGGUUGCGGAGCAAGAGGAUCCAUAGGGGAACAGGCUACCAUCAGCCUUGAAGACACCCACUGGGUACCAGAAGGAUUGCUGAGGGGACACCAAAGACAAUAAACGGUGUCUGGAGAGGUCA